UUCGAGGCGCCCCGCGGUAGGGGCGUGUUGAGGCUUGGAAUCCUGGCGGAAUUUGGAGCUCCAGACCUGGUGGGGGUUGUCUCACGGUGGCAGCCGCUCCUCCCCAAAUUUAGCUUUUUUCAGUCAUCCUACUGGUGCCUAAAGGAUUUGGAAUCGAGUGCAUUUUCUUACAUUUGAGUACCGGACCCAGGGGUUUUUGGAGAAGAACCUGGUCCCAGAGGCGCUUGACUGACCAUAAAAAUGAGCCAUGCAGACGCACUUGAUGAUGAAAACACGUUUAAAAUCUUAGUUGCAACAGAUAUUCAUCUUGGAUUUAUGGAGAAAGACGCAGUCAGAGGAAAUGAUACCUUUGUAACACUCAAUGAAAUUUUAAGACUUGCUCAGGAAAAUGAAGUGGAUUUCAUUUUGUUAGGCGGGGAUCUUUUUCAUGAAAAUAAGCCCUCAAGGAAAACAUUACAUACCUGCCUCGAGUUAUUAAGAAAAUAUUGCAUGGGUGAUCGGCCUGUCCAGUUUGAAAUUCUCAGUGAUCAAUCAGUCAACUUUGGUUUUAGUAAGUUUCCAUGGGUGAACUAUCAAGAUGGCAAUCUCAACAUUUCAAUUCCAGUGUUUAGUAUUCAUGGCAAUCAUGACGAUCCCACGGGGGCAGAUGCACUGUGUGCCCUGGACAUUUUAAGUUGUGCUGGAUUUGUAAAUCACUUUGGACGUUCAAUGUCUGUGGAGAAGAUAGACAUUAGUCCGGUUUUGCUUCAAAAAGGAAGCACAAAGAUUGCGCUAUAUGGUUUAGGAUCCAUUCCAGAUGAAAGGCUCUAUCGAAUGUUUGUCAAUAAAAAAGUAACAAUGUUGAGACCAAAAGAAGAUGAGAACUCUUGGUUUAACUUAUUUGUGAUUCAUCAGAACAGAAGUAAACAUGGAAGUACUAACUUCAUUCCAGAACAAUUUUUGGAUGACUUCAUUGAUCUUGUUAUCUGGGGACAUGAACAUGAAUGUAAAAUAGCUCCAACCAAAAAUGAACAACAGCUGUUUUAUAUCUCACAACCUGGAAGCUCAGUGGUUACUUCUCUUUCCCCAGGAGAAGCUGUAAAAAAACAUGUUGGUUUGCUGCGUGUUAAAGGGAGGAAGAUGAAUAUGCAGAAAAUUCCUCUUCACACAGUACGGCAGUUUUUCAUGGAGGAUAUUGUUCUAGCUAAUCAUCCAGACAUUUUUAACCCAGAUAAUCCUAAAGUAACCCAAGCCAUACAAAGCUUCUGUUUGGAGAAGAUUGAAGAAAUGCUUGAAAAUGCUGAACGGGAACGUCUGGGGAAUUCUCACCAGCCAGAGAAGCCUCUUGUACGACUACGAGUGGACUAUAGUGGAGGUUUUGAACCUUUCAACGUUCUUCGCUUUAGCCAGAAAUUUGUGGAUCGGGUAGCUAAUCCAAAAGACGUUAUCCAUUUCUUCAGGCAUAGAGAACAAAAGGAAAAAACAGGAGAAGAGAUCAACUUUGGGAAACUUAUCACAAAACCUUCUUCAGAAGGAACAACUUUAAGGGUAGAAGACCUUGUAAAACAGUAUUUUCAAACCGCAGAGAAGAAUGUGCAGCUCUCACUACUAACAGAAAGAGGGAUGGGUGAAGCAGUACAAGAAUUUGUGGACAAGGAGGAGAAAGAUGCCAUUGAGGAAUUAGUGAAAUACCAGUUGGAAAAAACACAGCGAUUUCUUAAAGAACGUCAUAUUGAUGUCCUAGAAGACAAAAUCGAUGAGGAGGUACGUCGUUUCAGAGAAAGCAGACAAAAAAAUACUAAUGAAGAAGAUGAUGAAGUCCGUGAGGCUAUCAACAGGGCCAGAGCGCUUAGAUCUCAGUCAGAAGAGUCUGCUUCUGCCUUUAGUGCUGAUGACCUUAUGAGUAUAGGUUUAGCAGAACAGAUGGCUGAUGACUCUGAUGAUAGCAUCUCAGGAGCAGCCAGCAAAGGAAGAGGCCGAGGAAGAGGUCGAAGAGGAGGAAGAGGGCAGAAUUCAGCAUCUAGAGGAGUGUCUCAAAGAGGAAGAGCAGGCACUGGUCUGGAGACUUCUACUCGUAGCAGAAACUCAAAGACCACUGUGUCAACAUCUAGAAAUAUGUCCAUUAUAGAUGCCUUUAAAUCUGCAAGACAGCAGCCUUCCCAAAAUGUCACUACUAAGAAUUAUUCAGAGGUGAUUGAGGUAGAUGAAUCAGAUGAGGAAGAAGACUUUUUUCCUACCACUUCAAAGGCAGAUCAAAGGUGUUCCAGCGCAUCAUCCAGCAAAAACAUGUCCCAGAGCCAAGUGUUGAAAGGGGUUAAUUUUGAAUCAAGUGAGGAUGACGAUGAUGAUCCUUUCACGAACACUAGUUCUUUAAGAAGAAAAAGAAGAUAAUAUAUUUAAUGGCACUGAAAACCAUGUGAGAUACAGGAAAAAUCAAAGCAUUGCAAGCUAAGAGUUUACAGUUUAAGAUUUUAAAUAUUGUUUCCUGAGCAUGACUCCAUAAGUGAGAAAUUUCUAUCUCAAGGACAUAUACAAUAGCAUUGAUUCACCCUUUUUUUUAACCUGGUUGUUAUAGUAAGAGCUUUGUUUCAAUACCAUUCUUGAGUAAAGAUUACAAUAAAUCUACCAUUUACAUUUCUGCUUCAUGAUCAGAAACUAUAUCAGUAUUUUAAUAUGGUUACAUUUAGCCAAAGUUGAGGGAAAGAGCUUAUAAAAUUUAACUAACUUCUUGAUAAUUUUAGUAAUUUCUUAGAGGCUCUGAAUUUCCUGAAAGUAAAGCAAUCUAUGUGAACCUGUGCCUAAAUUCACUGUUACUAUGUAUAUGUUUCUUUCGAAUGCUUCUUAUAAGUCUAAAUGAUUAGAAGUACCUAAUAGUUUGAAUAGAUAUGUUUUUAUUAAAAAGAGUAAAAUAACCUAUCAGAAUUACUUAGUUUUUUAUUCGAUUUAUAGCAAAGAUUUCAAAAGAUUAUGUUCUCAUUGAGUGGUAGUAAUUUCCUUUAUUAUUCUGUAUCCUUAAUGGUGUUCUCUCUCUCCUUCUCUGCCCACUUCCCCCUCUCUCCUUUUCUCCCUUUCUUUUUCUUGUUUCAUACAUAUGUGUGUGCCUAUUUCUAGGAGAAAAAGAGUCAAAAGUUGUUUUAAAAUACAUCUUCUUGAAAAGAUUAAAGAAUUUUUUUAGGUAGAGUGGUCAGUUGAAUCUUACAGUAAAGUAUUGAGAUAUAUCUAAUGUAGAAUAUCAAUGCCAGGAUUACUCAUUAACAAUAUUUUAUCUUAACUUUGGUUCCCAUGAAACAUUUCUGAAUGGGCAGUUCUGGAAAUAUUAGUAACUCAUGUUAGGUUUUUCUUUUUUUACUUGUUUUCAGUGAGAAAUAAGAAUUAGACAUCUUCAGAUUUAAGUUAAAUAAUCCCAUUCUUUUCUUUAAUACUUUGUAAAAAGAUCCCUGAGUUAUUCCUUCUUUUAGUCUUACGUGACAGCUUCACUUAAAAACUCUUCAAGGAAGUUAUACAUCUUGGGAGUACAACAGCCUGACAUUUAUUCAUAGGUAGAAA